GAAUCACAUACAUCAUCUCUAAAAUCAAGCUAAUUGUUUUUAAUGAAGCUUUUUGAAUCAUAUGGUACAUAACAUGCUGUAAGCACUGGAAUCCCUAGACUCAAAGAUUGUCCAUUCAGAUGUGUGUAUCACAACAAAAAUAAAGUACAGUAAAACCGUUUUGUAUGAGCAAAUAAUAGUACGAGCAAACGAAGAUACGAGCGACCUUACUCGCAAAAUUGUAGCCUAUUUUGCGAGCCAAUUUUGAAGGCAGUUAGUGUUAUAUUUUUAUUUCACUAGAAAUCUUGAAAAAUGUCUCAAGAAAAUCAGUGAUGGUGCUGGGAAAAAUAAAUUAAAUAGAAUUACCUUUGAAACCAAGAAGUAUAUAGUUGAAAAGUACGAGGUAAAAAGUAAUUUGUGGUGUAUUCCUUUUUUUUUAAAAUAGGCUACAAAUACUUUUAAGUGCAGAAAUAAGCGAUCGAAUGAGGUCUCGGAACGGAUUUAAUCGUUUUACAUUAAUUCUUAUGGGGAAAAUUAGUUCGAACGUACGACAAAAUGGACCUACGAGCAAUUUUCACGAACGAAUUAUGCUCGUCCAACGGGGUUUUACUGUACCUUCCAUGAGGAGAUCCUACCUCAGUGGUUUACUCCAUAAAUGAAAGGUUUUUAAUACCAGUAUUUUUGGGUUCAAGGAAAUGGUUUGAAUUGCACACCUUUGUUCGGAGAUAUCGCGAAGUUCGUUAUCGCGAUACUGUUUUCACACGGUAUAUCGCUCCAGCCUGAGUAUUGAAGGGGCGGAGUCUCAGCCGCCCGGCCCGGGAUGUGAGAUACGGGCUUGUGUUGUGCAGAAAUAAAAAGCGCUCUCUCUUAACCCCGGUCUGAACUUUUUUUUUUUUUUUUUUUAAGCAACAUUUCGGCUUUUUCCACAUGGAGAUCUGACGACAUACACGCUUUCCGAUGCGGACCCGGAUGAUUUCGCCGUCUUAUUUAUUAUCAAGUCCUCAGUAUUUCUUCAGUUUGUUUUCUUCAUCAUGGAAGCGCGUGGUUCGGGGCGCAUUCGCGGUCUCGUGUUCGUGGUAGUUCUGGGUCUGUGUAAAGUACCUGCUGGGGGAUCUGCGGACAGUAGUUCGGUGACUGAAACUUAUUUAUCUGCCGGCACUGAGGAUUUAGAGCAAUCUACUGACUUUCCAACUUCCUCCAGAGCUGUGAUCGGCGGGGGGACAACAAGGCUUGGAUACUCAGCCACCCCAGAAUCGUCCGAUCUUCAUACGAGUUUUUCAGAGAGGGAAACUCACACGGGUAAUCCAACCACUGAUCAGGAUUCUUCCUCUAAGGUCAUGGAGAGCUGGACAACACAAAACAGAUCAGCCAUGUCCACUGAGUUGCCAGACUCCAGCCCUGUAAUCAGCACCAACACAGUGACUGAGUGGAAAGAUCCUUCUACAACAGCCAACAUCACUGAUGCCAAUAAAGUAGCAGAAGAGUGGCCACCUGUGUCUGAGUUCAGAACUGUGAGAGAUCUCACUGUGACAAAGCUAACUGAACAGGAGCACAUAGACCAGGAUACUACAGAAUCUACAGAAUCAAACACUGAUAGCGCUUACAUCUCCACUACAGAUUGCCGUGCCGGAGAGUGCGCUCUGCUGUCCAUCACAUCCAACAGCACCUCUUCAUAUGUGGAAGGCUCCAGCUCCCCGGAGACAGCUCCACAUGCUUCCACUGGGCAGUUGGAGAAGACAGAUGUUACUCAGUAUAUGGAGUACACUGAGGAUACCAGCCAUAGUGAGGCGACAUCCGAGGACUUCAGUACAAAUGUCACUCAAAAGGAAGUCUUUAAUACUGAGGUCUCUCCUGGCUCCGAAAUUACCCAGUCUCACACAAGACAGCCUACUGUUACAGGAACAGAUUUUGAGUCAAUGCCUAAGACUAGCAAUCCUAGCUCCACACCACCUCUUAUAGUAAUCAACAGCUCCGUCAGUGAGAUGGACUCCACAUCUGAUUUUUCCACCAACCAGAUGUUCUAUACUAACAGUAGCUCAUCUUCAUCUUCCAUCUCUCCGUUUGUCCUGACAGACAAUACUCCAUAUACAAAUGUGUCUCAUCAGGACAGCGAGACCACAGACGCUCCUAUCGGUCACGUGAGCACCAGUUCAGAUGAGAAACCAGAUGAGCCUAAGACGUUUAUGGAAGAAACUACUAUUUCCAGUCUGACUACUGCACCUUUCACCGCCUGGGAUAUGACCACCAGUGUGGAUGAGUCCAAAUCCACCCAACAGACUUUAGUUUCCCAAACAGAUAAUCAUCCAGAGCCUACUGAAGCUCUGAGCACAGCUGCAGGACCCUUGACCCACGUGCCACCAAUCAAAGAGGAAGACACACAUAAGACUAGCACUGUGUCUGUUACUAGUACCACACUAGAUAGCACAGGCACCACAGCGACACAUACCACACAACAGUUUCAAACCAGCACCACUCCCGAGGCUUACAGUACGACACACAGUACCCUCUCUUCAACAGAGACCACUCAGAAGAUCACUCCCACCUCAGAACAGCAACACACCACCAAUCUAACAGCCACACCCUUUCCGCUUGCCAGCUCAUCCCAGUCUGGAGUUGGUGCUACUGACGUGAGCACACUGCACUUUGAGACCAGCACUGCGACACCAAGCAGCACCUCAGCAAACAGCCAGCACACCACUGCUUUCUACACUAAGAGCAUUGUCACCACGAGCACUGCAGUUAUUACAACAGGAAAGCGUGCUGAGACUGAAGCCUCGACCACUCCUGAUCAUAUGUGUAGACAUCACAUCUGUGCAAAUGGAGGUAAAUGUGUGUUGACAUCGGAUGGCUACAGGUGUGACUGUCUGCCUGCCUGGAGAGGAGAAAACUGCACUGAGGAUGUGGAUGAGUGUGUGAGCAGCCCGUGCCCACAGGACUCGGUCUGUGUGAACACCAGGGGCUCAUUCAGCUGUGACUGUGCCCUAGGUUAUGACUUGCAAGAUGGACGAAGCUGUACACAGACAAAGACAUUCUUGGGAAUUUUUAGUGUGAACACUUCUCUGCAUGAAUCGCACAGAGAAAUUUUAAAGUUGUUGAACGACUCGCUCUUCAACCUACCUGGUUAUAGACGAUCAACUCUGCUGAUGGACAGGUUGCACAUCUUGGCUGUGAACAUGUUCUCUAUGUCUGCUAACGUGACCAGCAUUGACAUCUUCCAUAGAAUCCAGAUGUCUCUCCAAUACUGCAACAAACCACAGUCCCACUGCUCUUUAAAGCAUCAACACCGGCUCAUGUAUCAAAUGGGGAGUCUGUGCUCAGUCCAGAAGAAUAGAUGUGACACUCAGUAUGCUGUCUGCAAUGAUACUGAUGGGACCCCGUACUGUCAGUGCCAUGAAGGAUACUUCAAAAAGAACACAGAGGACAGCACCUGUAGAGACUGUGGCGAUGGCUUUAAGCUUGUUAAUGGAACAUGCAUGGAAUGUCCAUUUGGAUUUGGUGGAUUUAACUGCAAUAACUUUUAUGGGCUGAUAGCAAAGGUGGUAUCUCCUGCUGCUGGGGGAUUGUUGCUUAUUGUCAUCAUUGCUCUCAUCAUAACCUGUUGUAGGAAGGACAAAAAUGACAUUAACAAAAUCAUCUUUAAAAGCGGGGAUCUUCAAAUGUCUCCAUAUGGUGAAUUUCCCAAGAGUAAUCGUGUAUCAAUGGAGUGGGGCAGGGAGACUAUUGAGAUGCAAGAAAAUGGCAGUACCAAGAAUCUCCUGCAGAUGACGGACAUCUAUUACUCUCCAGCUCUGCGAAAUGCAGAUCUGGAGAGGAACGGGCUUUAUCCGUUCUCAGGCCUGCCUGGUUCACGACACUCCUGCAUUUACCCGGCACAGUGGAAUCCGUCGUUCAUCAGUGAUGACUCACGGCGGCGAGAUUAUUUUUGACCUCACUGCAUUUGGACUGAGUCAUCAGCUCAGCUCUUCUAAUGAAUGUAGCAAAGGCUCCAUAGCAAGAUGGAGCUGACCUUGGAUAGGGACAACACUGACCACUAAGCAGCCUAUGAAUGUGAAAACGAGCUGGCAGGAAAGAAAUCAAAUUCGUGGUGUGUCCCCUUCGAAGAACUGUGAAAUAAUCACAAGGGGAAAUGCGCUCAAUAAAGAUGCUGUUAGCAAAUCAAGUGUUGCACAGAUACAAACUCAGAUGUUUGAUUGCAAAUGGAAUAAGCCAUAGAAAUAACACUUCUAAUGUAAGGCAAUGAAACACAUGCUACAGGGUGGUGCAAAAGUGUGCACGUCUGUACAAGCUUAUUGUAUUUAAACCUGAAUGCUGGUAAACUGUACAAAUGGUAUAUUGCUGUAGACUGUUUUAUCAGUAGAUGUAGCAGGACAAAGUAGGUCCUUAUAACAUUCACUUAAGAGCAUAAAGUGAACUAAAAUGCACUCUGUGCUAUUUCUUUACACAAUAGAGAUUUUAGCACUACAUCCAUGAUACCACAAUAAACCGUGCAGCAUUCUUAUUUAUUUGAAUUAACUUAAUGCCAUUUCCAGAUAUAUUUGCAUUUUAGUUUAAUAUCAUUUCUCAAAGCAUGAUCUACAAAAACAACUGUGUGUGUGUGUGUGUGUGUGUGUGUGUGUGUGUGUGUGUGUGUGUGUGUGUGUGUGUGUGUGCGCGCAAAAAUCCCAGUUGUUUUGCUACAUCCUUGUUAUCAUUUGUGUUGUAAGGUGUAUUAUAUUUUGUUAAUAGCUUACAUUUUUAUAACUAUUUUGUACCAACCAGUAUUUUCUUGUCUCCCUUGUGGAUGGUCAAAUCUGGCGUUUUAGUCAGAAAUAUUUAAAUAAAAGCAGCAGUAAUGUUGAA